UUCCAAUUGUUGUCAUCUGGGGAGGCGGUCACAUCUGCGGCAAGCGAGAAGGAGCGGUGGUCCGAUCUCCUCCACCGCGAACCCUUCGUGCGGCGGCGAGAGCCACUAGAGAGAGGACAAAUCUAGGAGGUGGAUUAGAGGACGAAGGAUGAGACGUUAUUCAUUGAUCUCGUCAUGGGAUCCUCAAAUCACCACCACCUUCACCAUUAUCCCAAAGACAACAUACUGAAUCUCGACGACGAGCCACCAACAAUUCUCCCUCCGCCUUCGUUUUCGUCAUCAUCCCCAUCAACCAAAUCCCUGGCCACCACAUCCGGGACAAUCGGCGGCCAUCAAUGACAAUGAGGGAGGAGGCACAGCAGAUACUUGCGGCAAUAGCUAGAGUUGUUGAGAGAUCUAGCAAUUUUCCACAUCAAUUCGAACCAGUUCUGCGGGGUGGUGCCUCGGACGUUCAAGAACUGGAAGCAACUCUACGAGUUGGAUCUCAGCAACAUCCCUUUUUGUUUUCGGUUAGGAACAGGGAGAAGGAAGAAACAAAAAUAGGAGGCGAGCCCGGGAGGUGGGAGGCGGAAAGCCUAAGACGUUGUCGUCGGAAUCCUCUUUGCCAUCCUCAAAUUUUGCAUCGUCGCUGUCACCGCCACCUGUCUAUGUUCCCGUAUGAUGUUGUUGCGCAUUGGGUCUUCACGAGUGGUCCAUGGCAUUUCAACGACGACAUGUGCUACAUCCGAAAAUGGGAGCCGAGACUUAGGGCAGAGUCACCUCGUUCUGAGAUACCGAUCUGGGUACGUUUUCUUGACCUCCCUGUUGAAUAUGCAAACGGGAGGAUUCUCACGAGGCUUGCUAGUAUGCUGGGGAAGCCAUUAUGGUUUGAUCAGUCCACUAGGCUAGGUCGCCGGUUGGGAUAUCCGAAGGUAUGCGUUGAAAUGAGUAUUGAUUCUGCUUUCCCCACCUCCUUGAAAUUAGUCCCGGAUAAGAGACCUCCUAUGUCUGUGAACCUAGAGUACUGUCAUAAGCCUGUCAUUUAUGAGAAAUGCAAUGAAUUUGGGCAUGAAUGUAAGGUAGUAGAAGUUGAAGUGGUGAACUAGGUGGAAGUUGAGGUACUGUCUACUGAGGGAGAGGGGGCACAAGGGGUAACUGAAGCUCCUCCUGAGGCUAUUCCAGUCACUAAAGAGCCUGCCACCAC